AUGCAGGGAACGCAGGGUUGGCGUAAAGACGAGCGGGGCACGGGAGGAUCAAAACCCCGGUUCAGCAAUCGAGAUCGUGCACCGAUCGAACCUACUACCAGUCGACGUCUAGCCCGAGACCUUGAGCCUACACAUCCUCUCAGGACGAAUUUCUCAAAAGGUGCACCGGCUCCCAAACCAAUAAAGCUGGACCCGUCGUUCCCUCCCAACCUACAACCUACGCCUUCGGCAUUUAUAGCCAAAUCUCAACCGAAAGAAUCUAUCCCCUCCCUCCCCUUCUCCGACUACUCCCUGAACCCCGCUCUGAAAGAAGGUCUGGCCAAAUUCUUUGCCCCCUCAAAUCCCGAUCAUCUCACCGGUCAACCACAACCACAAUCACCUCUUCCUACGCCCAUUCAACACCUCUCCCUACAACACUUUCUCGGGAGCAAGAACCGCCCACUGAACAAGAAACCGGGGAGAAAGGAAGUUCAUCAGGUCUUGCUCGGCUCGGAUACUGGGUCGGGGAAGACUUUGGCUUACCUCCUACCCUUACUGGACGCUCUUAAACGGACGGAUAAGGGCAUUGUACCCGUUCCCCCUACCAUCGAUGAUCCUACGAUCCCACGUUCGAUCGUCCUCUCCCCCUCACACGAACUCACCCGACAACUCACCCGGACCUUUAAAGCCUUUUCCCACGGUAUAAAACUCAGCGUGCAAGGCAUGUCUUCGACAGCUAACGGGACCUUGAAACCUGGGGUGACAGACGUCUUGGUAGGGACGGUGAGGAACUUGGAGAGGUUGGUAGAUAAGGGCGUGAUCGACUUGGGGAAGGUGGAGUGGGUCGUCGUGGACGAGGCGGAUGUGCUGUUAGGGCCGGAUUUCGAGGGGGAGACGAAUAAGAUCUUGGAUCGGGUUGGGAUUCCCUCUCCCUCGUUGAUCCUUACGACAGCGACCAUCCCGCCUUCCCUGAUCGCUCACCUGAAAACCCACCUUCCGGACUGUCAAAAGCUUCUUUCCCCCACGCUACAUCGACUUCCGAUCAAGCUCGAGACCCGGUUCGUACCCUGGUCAGGCUCGGGAAACAAGCUAGCCGACGUCGUGCAUGAACUCCGAAGGACGUUCGCGGCCGACGCUAUGGAACGUCGUCAUCUCAACCAGACCACGAAUGUCAACCCGAACGUGAAUGUCAACGAGGACAAGAGCAAGAUCUUGGUCUUUGCCAAUUCGCCGAGAAAGGUCAAGGCGCUAGAGAGGAUGCUGGAGAACAAGGACGUGCCUGUGCUCGCGAUCACUGGCGAGGCGGACGACAGGGCGAGGGGUACCAACGGUAGAUUGGACGACUUUUUGCUCCAACCCGGUGGUCGGCCUGCUCCGCCUAGACGAGCGGGUUCGGCAGCAGCGUCGGACAAGGCAGCGAGGGUGUUGAUCACCACCUCGUUACUGAGCCGAGGUCUUGAUUUUGCACCCUCGGUCAAGCACGUCUUUUUGUUGGACGAGCCGCGGGACAUUCUCGAUUUCAUGCAUCGAGCCGGACGGACGGGUCGGGCGGGUAGGGUCGGGCAGGUGACGGUCUUUGGCUCUAGCGGGGGUGGGGGUGGAAAGGGCAUGUUUGGCAGGCAUGGCGAGGAAGCCAGACGGAAGGGGAUGAAGCAGUGGCAGCGCGGGACCAAGCUUGGACAGGAGCUCAAGCAGGUCAUGGCGAGGGACUAGACGAGCGGAGUUGGUCUUUCGAUUCUGUAUAUAAUACAACGGCGGGGUUGUUGCCUGCCUGACUUGAAGAUACCCCCGAUACGAUCCCAAUUCACGC